UAGGUGGCGCGGGGCGGCCGGCAUGGAGCUGGCGGAGGCGCGGCGGGGUUCAGCGCGUGGCGGCCCGGCGUCUGUCCAACUGCUACCCCUUGCCCUGUAGCCCCAGUCCCUAGACGCCUGUGCACCUCUGUGCAUGUAGUCUUCUUCCUCAUGGAUCCCUCUCAGUCCGAACAGAUGCUGAGGUUACCCGCUGAGGUGUGCACCGACAACUUGGAGGUGGCGGAGCCGGAGGAGAGGGAGGCUUCAGCAGUCCUCAUGGACAGCGGUCGCGGCUCGGAGGCGGCUCCAGAGGGCCCCGCAUCCCAACCCACGCGGGAGCCGGAGCCCGAGUCGUCUGCGAAAACGUCGACGCCGGAGAGCAAAGUCCUGCUCAAGCAAGCUGACUCCUUGGCGUCCAGGGGACGCCUCCGAGAAGCCCUCGAGGUAUACAGGCGGCUUUCGGAGAGGCAGCAGCUGGUGGCUGAGCAGCUGGAGCAGCUGGUGCGCUGCCUGGCUGAACACAUCCCGCCAGUCGGGGUGCCAGCGCCCUCGGAGGCGAGCUGCACGGCCAGCCGCUGCUCGGCAACGGAAGAGGCAUUGGCGGCCGCGGCUGCGGCCACCGAAGUGUGGGAAGGUUUUAAGUGCCGGAAGUGUCAUGGGUUUCUUUCGGACCCCGUGUCCUUGUCGUGCGGCCACACCUUUUGUAAACUGUGCCUGGAACGCGGGCGGGCCGCCGACCGGCGCUGUGCGCUGUGCGGAGUCAAGCUCUCAGCGCUGAUCGUGGCCCCAGGGUGGGCACGCGGGACCAGGAGGGGUGGCCAGCAGCCGCUGCCGCCCCUGCGGGUCAACGUGGUGCUCAGCAGCCUCCUCAGCAAGUUGUUCCCGGGCCCGGCGCGGGCCUCGCAACUCCGGCACGAGGGUAACCGACUGUACCGCGAGCGCCAGGUGGAGGCGGCGCUGCUCAAGUACAAUGAAGCAGUCAAGCUAGCUCCAAAUGACCACUUGCUCUAUAGCAACCGAUCUCAAAUUUAUUUCACCUUGGAGUCUCAUGAAGCUGCAUUACAAGAUGCAGAAAUAGCGUGCAGGCUCCGUCCCAUGGGUUUUAAGGCACACUUCAGAAAAGCACAAGCCUUAGCUACUCUAGGUAAAGUGGAGGAAGCACUACGAGAGUUUCUCUAUUGUGUGUCCCUCGAUAACAAGAACAAGAGAGCAAGAUUGGAAGCCCAGAAGCUUCUUCUUAGUUUCUUUACACCAUCAGUUCCGGGGCCUUCUCAGGAACAUUCUCCUGCUAUCCUGAAGCUGUUGGCACCUCACCCUAGACUAAAGGAACAAGUAGAGUCAAUGGCUACUGAAGGCACCAGCCAUAAUCUACCCAAGUUGUCACAGGAAAAUCUAGAGCUGCUGCACUGUUCUAGUUGGGGCGAAGCAGCAGAGCAGGGAGAUGGCAGCAGCCUGAUGAAGACAGCUAAAUUAAGGGUGGACGGUCAGCAAGACGACAUGAAAGGUGAGGAAGAAGAAGGGGAGGAGAAGCAGGAUGCUGCCUCUCCAGAAGCUGCCUGCAUCAAGACUGGCAAAUGCCAGGAAAAGAAAAGGAAACAUUGCCAAAUUGAACCCCGAGAAGACACGGAGGUGCCUAAUAAAGCCUCUAAGCAAGAUCCUCCAGCUUGUCAGGCGAUGAAACCUGCUUGUGGUAUUUCUCGUGCAUCCUUUGAUGUGUCUGACCUAGAGUGCGCCCUGUGCAUGAGAUUAUUCUAUGAGCCAGCCACAACACCUUGUGGGCACACCUUUUGCUUAAAAUGCCUUGAAAGAUGCCUGGAUCACAACGCAAAGUGUCCAUUGUGCAAAGAUGCCCUUACACAGUGGUUGGCAUUAAGAAAAUACAGCAGAAAUGUCAUAAUGGAAGAUUUAAUAGCUACGUUCCUUCCGGAAGAACUCAGGGAACGAAGGAGACUUCAUGAAGAGGAAAUGGAAGAACUUUCUAACUUAAAUAAGAACGUGCCUAUUUUCGUGUGCACCAUGGCCUAUCCGACUGUUCCUUGCCCCCUGCACAUCUUUGAGCCUUGUUACCGCCUGAUGAUUCGCAGAUGCAUUGAGACAGGCACCAGACAGUUUGGCAUGUGCCUUGGAGAUCCCGUGAAAGGGUUUGCAGAAUAUGGCUGCCUCCUGGAGAUCAGAAAUGUUCAAUUCUUUGCCGAUGGCCGCUCAGUGGUUGACAGCAUAGGCAAGAGACGUUUCAGAGUGCUCCAGCAGGGCCAGCGGGAUGGCUACAACACAGCUGACAUUGAAUACAUUGAAGACCAAAAGGUUCAGGGAGAAGAUUUUGCUGAACUCAUGGGAUUACAUAACUGUGUCUAUGAGCUAGCCUUAUCAUGGUUUCAUUCGCUCAAAUCGUCUCUGAAGAUUCGGAUACUCAAUCACUUUGGUCCAAUGCCAGAGAAAGAUGCUGAUCCUCAGAUUAACCCGAAUGGUCCAGCCUGGUGUUGGUGGAUAUUAGCAGUCCUUCCUUUGGAAAGCCGAGCUCAGCUGCCAUUCCUGGCAAUGCGAUCCUUGAAGGAUAGGCUGAAUGGUAUUCGGCGAGUCCUGGCAUUUAUAUCCCGAAACCAAAACUAGUGAGUGUGGAGGCUGAAGAGGAGCCCCACACACCCCCGCUGCCAUAAAGGGGGCUUCUUGUAAAUAUGUUUAGUUGCAAUAACAUCUUAACAGCAGGAGGUAUCAAGCAGAAUAAUUAACCUGCUUUGAAUCACAGAGAUAAGUCAAACUGAAAGACCCAAAGAAUGUGAUCUAUGUAAAACUUUAUGUCCUACAUGCUUCUUGAUAUACUGUGCAGGUACAUAAACAGUAGAGAUGUUUAAGUGCCCAGAAAAAAAUAUGUUGAUCUUCAUUUAAAAAUCUUCUGAGAGUUUAAGGUGACUUUUCUUUUAUCUUUUUGUUUUCAUAGAUGACUAUGAAAUGUGAACAAAGAUACUAAUGUUGCUGCAUUGUGUCAUUGACUUGAGGUCUCAUUCCCAAAUGGUUCAGGUUUUAUAGAGUAUUGUGUAAAAUAAGGUUCAUAGUUCUUUCAGUUUUGAUAAUUUAUUUUUUGCGCUACUGUAUCCUUUUUUUUCUACGAGUGUGUCUGUAACUAUUUAAGUGUACAUCAUUGAGAAGUCAGUUGCUUUAUUUAUUCAUGUGGUUUACUGUGUGCCCAGAGAGAAGUAACAUUAGUUCUACAGUACAUAUACAUAACAAUGCCAUAAUUACAGCAACACUUUAUUUUUUACUAUAUUGAUCCCAGCUUUUAGAUUAUUUCUGUAUCUGUCCAAUUGGAUAUUGAAGAUAAGUUUGGAGUGAUGUAGGAUCACGUCCCUUCAUAUAGUCUACUCUUUGUUUUGAUUUGAAUGAAACCACACAGAAUAUUUGAGGGAUUUGUCAUCAAUUAUGGCAUGUGCUAGGGUAAAAUGAAAUAAUCCUUUGCAUAUAAAUACAAAGCGGGAUCAAGAAUUAUUUUUCUAGAAUGAAGGGAUGAAUCAGAGGAGUAUCUUUUAUUAGGGCAUUUUGGUUUUAUGGGCAUUGUGGUUCAGCAACAUAAUUAGAGCUGUGUCUAAUUUCUUACCCUGCAGUUAGAAAAUGUGAUUUUAGGUACAGUAGGAUUUAAUU